UCCAGUCUCUCAUUAUUAAGGCACCAGCCUCAGCCUCAGAAACAAAAAGUCUUUGUACAAAGAAGACCUUUGCCUUUGGGCUUUGGUCAUUCAUUCAUCAUCAAGUAUUUCAAUCUUUCAGAUAAAAAUACAAAAGAACCAGGAGAGACCAUAAUCCUUCAUCUUCCAGGGAGAGAGGGAGAGGGAGAGAGAGAGAGAAGAUCAUGGGGAGGGCUCCUUGUUGUGAUAAGGCAAACGUGAAGAAAGGACCUUGGUCUCCUGAAGAAGAUUUGAAGCUUAAAGCCUACAUAGAAAAGAAUGGUACUGGAGGCAAUUGGAUUUCUUUUCCUCAAAGAGCUGGCCUGAAGAGAUGUGGGAAGAGCUGCAGAUUAAGAUGGUUAAACUAUCUGAGACCCAAUAUUAAACAUGGAAAGUUCUCUGAUGAGGAAGAUAGGAUAAUCUGCACCUUAUUUGCUACCAUUGGAAGCAGAUGGUCAAUAAUAGCAGCUCAACUACCUGGAAGGACUGACAAUGAUAUCAAGAACUACUGGAACACCAAGCUCAAGAAGAAACUCAUGAUCUCCAUGCUUCCUCCUCAUACUCCUUCAACCCAUCAAAAGAUCAAACCACCUACUAGUACUGAAUCUCAUUAUCAAACCUCGUCAUCACUUGCUCCAUUAUAUAAAGAUUUUACUUCUUUCAUGAAUCACACUUCUUCCCCAUCCAAUAUCUCAUCAGAUCUUUGGAAAUAUCCAUUUACAAACUCUUCUAGUUCUCCUUCUUCACUGUUUCAAUUUCAAGAUGGUGGAUCAAUGAUGAGUUCUCCAAUGAAUAGAUAUUGUUAUCCAAGCUGCAGGAAGGAGAAUAUGCUCCUAUUUGGAAGCAGUGAAGCAAGUUAUAAUGGAACCAAAGAUAUCAAACAAGAAGACUUGGCUACUUGGCAGUCACCACCAACUGGGUUUGAAGAGAACAACAUUAAUGGAUCAGGUCAAAAUGUGAACCAGCUGCAGUACUACUGGACAGACAAGGCAACAACUGGGUUUUAUGGAGAAAGUGCUAGCAUUCCAGUAUUGGAUUAUGAUGUUGAAGAUUUUAAGAAACAACUGACCAGCAGUUCUUGUACUAGUGACAUUAACAGCAAGAACAACAGCUUCAACUUAAUUGAAGAAAACAAGACAGCAGUAGAGAAGAAGACCAUGUACUAUAAUUAUUACUACUGACUGACUGAUCACUCACUCAGAAUGAAAGAUUUGAUGUAAAGGUGUUUGUUGAAGAUAUUCAGACCAGACAGAGUUUCAUGGGGGUUUGUGUUUUUCUCAUUUCUUCUCUUCUUCUACUCUGUGUUUGACAGUACUACAUGGUAAAACUAAAAACUUUCUUUCUGGGGGUUUGUGUUUAUGAAAACUAGACAAGAACAAACUUCCUCUUCAUUCAGUAACGACAAUAUGAUCUGAUGAAUGUCAUAGAUUUCACUAAACAAAUCUCUGUUGUUGUUGUU